CCCGCCGCGCAGCGAGCGCCCCGCAGCUCUUGGGCCCCGAGGUGGGGGGACCGCCGUCCUCCCCAGGGCCAGCCGGGAACCGGUGCUCCCUCGCGGCCCUCGGGGGAGGGGAGGUCCCCACUCCUAGCAACUUUCCGGGCCCCGGGGCCGGUGGAGGGCGCCUCUCCCGGCCGGGAUGCGCCGGCUACUUAAAGGCGGCUCGGCGUGCCGGGCGCACGGCAGUCGCAGCGGGCGGAGGAGGAGCAUGGAGCCGCCGCGGGCCUGCUGAACCCCGGAGCGCGGGCGGCCGACGGCACGAUGCCGGUGCAGCUGACAACAGCCCUGCGUGUGGUGGGCACCAGCCUGUUUGCGCUGGCUGUGCUGGGGGGCAUCUUGGCAGCGUAUGUGACUGGCUACCAGUUCAUCCACACGGAGAAGCAUUACCUGUCCUUUGGCCUUUAUGGUGCCAUCCUGGGCCUGCACCUCCUCAUCCAGAGCCUCUUUGCCUUCUUGGAACACCGUCGCAUGCGUCGAGCUGGCCGGGCCCUCAAACUGCCAGCCCCUGAGCGGUGCUCUGUGGCGCUCUGCAUCGCUGCCUACCAGGAGGAUCCCGACUACCUGCGCAAGUGCCUGCGCUCAGCCCAGCGCAUCGCCUUCCCAGGCCUCAAGGUGGUCAUGGUGGUGGAUGGCAACCGCCAGGACGAUGCCUACAUGCUGGAGAUAUUCCAUGAGGUGCUCGGAGGCACCGAGCAAGGUGGCUUCUUUGUGUGGCGUAGUAACUUCCAUGAGGCAGGGGAGGGUGAGACGGAGGCCAGCCUGCAGGAGGGCAUGGACCGUGUGCGGGAUGUGGUCCGCGCCCACACCUUCUCAUGCAUCAUGCAGAAGUGGGGAGGCAAGCGAGAGGUCAUGUACACAGCCUUCAAGGCCCUUGGCGACUCAGUGGACUAUAUCCAGGUGUGCGACUCCGACACUGUUCUGGACCCAGCCUGCACCAUUGAGAUGCUCCGAGUCCUUGAGGAGGAUCCCCAAGUCGGGGGAGUUGGUGGAGACGUCCAAAUUCUCAACAAAUAUGACUCGUGGAUCUCCUUCCUGAGCAGUGUUCGAUACUGGAUGGCCUUCAAUGUGGAGCGGGCCUGCCAGUCCUACUUUGGCUGUGUGCAGUGCAUUAGUGGGCCCCUAGGCAUGUACCGCAAUAGCCUCCUCCAGCAGUUCCUGGAGGACUGGUAUCAUCAGAAGUUCCUAGGCAGCAAGUGCAGCUUUGGGGAUGACCGGCACCUCACCAACCGAGUCCUGAGCCUCGGGUACCGGACUAAGUACACAGCACGCUCCAAGUGCCUCACAGAGACCCCCACCAAGUACCUUCGGUGGCUCAACCAGCAGACCCGCUGGAGCAAGUCUUAUUUCCGCGAGUGGCUCUACAACUCUCUGUGGUUUCAUAAGCAUCACCUCUGGAUGACCUAUGAGUCUGUGGUCACAGGUUUCUUCCCCUUUUUCCUCAUUGCCACAGUCAUACAGCUUUUCUACCGGGGCCGCAUCUGGAACAUUCUCCUGUUCCUGCUGACAGUGCAGCUGGUGGGCAUCAUCAAGGCUACCUAUGCCUGCUUCCUGCGGGGCAAUGCAGAGAUGAUCUUCAUGUCCCUCUACUCCCUUCUCUAUAUGUCCAGCCUUCUGCCUGCCAAGAUCUUUGCCAUCGCUACCAUCAACAAGUCUGGCUGGGGCACCUCUGGCCGGAAAACUAUCGUGGUCAACUUUAUUGGCCUCAUCCCAGUGUCCAUCUGGGUGGCGGUGCUCCUGGGGGGCCUAGCCUAUACAGCUUACUGCCAGGAUCUGUUCAGUGAGACAGAGCUGGCCUUCCUCGUCUCAGGGGCCAUCCUGUAUGGCUGCUACUGGGUGGCCCUCCUCAUGCUGUAUCUGGCCAUCAUUGCCCGGAGGUGUGGCAAGAAACCAGAGCAGUACAGGUUAGCUUUUGCUGAGGUAUGAACUAGUUCCCACAGA